AUAGCUCUGAGACACGGUGUCUAUCCUCUCUCAGAUCGCCAUCGCUUCUCUAUCAGUAACUCUCAGUCUCAGCCGUAAUCCCUAAUUUUCAUUUCCUCUGCCCCCAAUCUGUCUUUUCCUCUGCUUAUCUCAGCCUGUCUCUCAAACUCUCAGUCUCCAUCGUUUCUGCCCCUACAUCUCGAACUUAAGCCCUAACCCAAACUGUCUCAGGCUCUGUCUCUGUCUCUCUGUCUCUCUGUCUCUCUCUCUCAAACUUGCAGACGUGUUUGACGUCGACCGGGGUCACCGAAUAAGAGCUUCAGGUCAUGCAUUCUACGGCACGGUCCUGAUUAAAAAACCAUAGGACUUGCUGAUACUGAAGUUUUGAACUUUCCGAACAUAAAAAAAGCAAAUGAUUCGAAAAACUAAAAUUCCGAAUCUUGAUUCAAGCGUUUCCUUGCGCAUUGUGUUCCGCUGUCAACUGAAAAGUUUGAACCGUUGACUGUUGUGGAGGAAAAGUUAAAGAAGUUGCUUGAAUAAGUGGAGGCCCUUGGUGAAGCUGGGAAGAUGGAUGAAGCUGAAGUGCCCAUGAAAAAGAUGCCUAAUAAUAAUGGUGCGGAGAAUCCUGAAGUUGGUCAGGGCCCUCAGGCCCAGGGUGGUUCUAGUGCCCCUACUCUUGUCAGUAAUACCCAAUCAAACUGGUAUAGCGUCUUUCUCCAGCAAAUCUCAGUCUAUGGUAUUGCUGCUGGUUAUUGCUUAUCUGCCUCAUUGCUUUCCAUCAUCAACAAAUGGGCUGUCAUGAAAUUUCCUUAUCCUGGGGCACUAACUGCUCUGCAGUAUAUGACAAGUGCUAUUGGUGUCCUCGUUUGUGGCUGGCUUAAAUUGAUAGAGUAUGAUUCACUUGACCUACUUACUAUGUGGCGCUUCCUACCGGCAGCAAUUAUAUUCUACCUCUCUCUCUUCACCAACAGUGAGCUGCUUCUCCAUGCUAAUGUUGACACUUUCAUCGUCUUUCGUUCAGUUGUUCCGAUCUUUGUUGCGAUAGGAGAGACAAUCUUCUUGCACCAACCAUGGCCAUCAAUUAGGACAUGGACCUCACUUGUCACUAUUUUUGGGGGAAGUGUGAUUUAUGUUCUAACAGAUUACAAGUUCACAGUAACGGCUUAUAGUUGGGCUCUAGCUUACUUGGUAAGCAUGUCCAUAGACUUUGUCUACAUAAAGCAUGUGGUAAUGACCAUUGGUUUAAAUACAUGGGGUCUUGUACUGUAUAACAAUCUCGAGGCUCUUCUACUGUUUCCAUUAGAACUGCUUGUAAUGGGUGAAUUGAAGAAGAUUAAGCAUGAAAUCUCAGAUGAAUCCGAUUGGUAUUCUCUUGAGGUGGUUUUGCCAGUGGGGUUAUCGUGUUUAUUUGGUUUAUCCAUCUCUUUCUUUGGGUUUUCUUGCCGAAGGGCAAUUUCUGCUACUGGAUUUACUGUUCUUGGUAUAGUGAACAAGCUAUUAACUGUUGUGAUUAAUCUCGUUAUUUGGGACAAGCAUUCAACCUUCGUUGGUACAUUGGGCCUGUUGAUAUGUAUGGUAGGUGGUGUUAUGUAUCAGCAAUCUACAAGCAACAAGCCUAAGGAUGUGAAUCAAGCAAAAGCACGAGAGACUGAGGAAGAAGAGCGAAAGUUAAUUGAAAUGGAAAGCAGCUUAGAAAGCAAUAACAAUGAGAAAUUGCCUGUUGAAUCUGAAGGGGGAAAAUGACGGAAGGGUUUUUCAAGGUAAUAUUGUUCUGGUCUUGUUGCAUCCGGAUUUUAUUAUUCUCCGGUCUAGAUUUGUUGAUUGGUAAGUCUCUUGCGACAAAUUCUCAGCGAGAUUUUAACAGAAUACUUGUGAUGCGCAUGUGGGUUAAGAUGAGUAUUGGGCAUGACAGGUUGGUUAAAUGAGUUAUUCUUCAACAACAAAAUUCUCUGUACUUGAUAAUUAAUUUCUUAAGCCUGGUCUGCAGCAUUUAAUCAACGAUCUGGGAACACCCUGUUGUUAGACUAAAUAUUGCAUUCUUUUGUUCUGUAAUCUUAGAUUGAUCAAAUAGUCCCAAUAGCAAUGCCUUAUUUGUUGUAAGGAUGCAGGAUUUCUGAAGACAUGCUGCCUGCUUAUAUCUGAAUUUUAUCUUCCUUCUUUAUCCUCAAUGCUUAUUCUUUUACAGUGUACUUGUAAAAAUUAUGGGAUGUAGUUUUGUAAGCAGUUAGCAAAAGUAAGGAUUUGUUUUUACUUCUCUGUAACAUUUUUGAAUGAGGAUAAAAGGGUUUGGUAGUUGCCAAAUA